UAGCUUGCUCUCUGAGCUGGUGCGUCCAGAGGAGGGAAGCCCUUUUGUUCCAUGGUCCCUCGGAAUGUCCAGUUGCCCAGAACAGCCCCCAGAAUGGAUGCAACGAGAGCUUCUGAAACAGAACCCGCGCAGGCACUCCCUUCACCUGGGAGAACCGGCCCACGGGAGGACAGCACUGGGUCACGAAGCUAAUCCAAACCACACAUCCCACAACCUGGAGAUUGACCAGAAGGUCUCUCUUGAGAGCCUCCAGAAGCUGAAGCUGGCGUUCGAGGAAUAUGAAAUGGACGGUUUAAGGUCUCUAGAUGAGAGGAGUUUUGGACUCAUAUUGAGGAAGUGCUUGGGUCUGCACAAUACUAGCAAUUCACAGAUUCAAGACUUGUUCAUGAAGAUUGAUUACAUGAGGCAGGGGAAAAUUGCAUGGGAUGAGUUCUGCACUUACAUGCAGCUGGAGUACAGCAAGCGAGAGGAGUGUGCACUCCGCAGGAAGCAGGCAGCAUUCUCUCUGCCGGCCAAGGUCAAGCCCUUCACCCACGGGGAGCCCGUACUGAGGAUCCGCACCGUUUCCGACGGCACUGUGGUGACCUUACGCGAGGACGGGUCCGUGCAGUACUGGAGCCCUGAACUCCAACUCCAGAAGUCCAAAACAAGCUUGUUUCACGAAAGGGCGGCGACCAGGAAGCCAAAGUACGCCACUGAUUUAAUUCCUAUGACACAGUACAACAAGCUGAUCGUUGCAACAGGGGACCGAGAGAUCCGACUUUAUGAGCUCUCGACUCUGGAGGCUUACUGCCAGAUUAGCGGCCUAGAGACACUGCCUCUGAUGUUAGACUACUGCCUCACAGGAGCUGAUGAAUGCUCCAUCCUGUACGGAGACUGCCAAGGAUGCGUGAAUAUCAUAUUAAUGUCCUCCGUAGGGGAAACACUAAGAUUAUGGAAGAACCUACCAAAAACAGAGAAUGUGCCCACCAUCACACUGGAGCAUGCAACAAUGUCUUCAAACGUGACUUUCAUCCGAUGGAAGGUUCACCAAGACUGGGUUACAAAGGUGAAGUAUUUUCCAAACUUCUCUGCGGUUGUGUCUUCAUCCAAUGACGAGGCCUCCUCUGUCGUCAUAGGCUGUGUGCAGCCUUCCACCAACGUGGAGCAGAAGAUUAAGGAGAUCACAGAGGGCAUCAGCGAAGGCAAGGCCAAGAAGGUCCAGCUCAACUGGACGCCCCAACCUCGGCCGGCCUGCGACCAGACCGUCUUCAGCGCCUACAAAGGCGUGAAGACAUACGACCUUUGUAAGAAACACGACUUGCUGGUGACCGGUGGCAUGGACCGACUCGUGCGCUUGUGGAACCCUUGUGUCCCUGGGAAACCCACUGGCAUUCUGAAAGGCCACGCUGCACCUAUUUUCUACCUGUGCAUUUCCUCAGAGGACGGUCAGAUCUUCUCCGUCUCGAUGGACACCACUGUGAAGAUCUGGGAUAUCGAAGAUCAGUCUUGCGUGUUUAACACUCAGCCCAAAGCCAGCCUUAUCCACGGUGACCUGUCUGCAUGUCUGUACUCACCCUGCAUGAAAACCAUCUUCAUCGCUGCCGACCACAUGUGUCUGCUCUCCCUUAAGACAAGGCGAAGGAUUCCGGGUCAUGUGAUCGUGUCCCACGGCGAGCCGGUGGUGUGCUGCGGCUACAGUGAGCAGCUACGCCAGGUUGUGAGCUGUUCUGAGGGCUCGGUGAUUAAAGUGUGGGAUUUCGAUACCGGACGCCAGGUCUUCGAAUUCGGGGAAGCACACGGAACCUCAGCUGUUACAUGCAUGACCUUUGACCCCCAAGGGAGGAGACUGAUCACUGGAGGUAGAGAUGGCUGUCUCAAGAUUUGGAACUUCAACAAUGGCCAAUGUCUGAAGAUACUCAAAAGGGAAGGUGAAUGCCAGGAAAUAUGUGACUGUGCUUAUCUGACAAUCCACAGAAAUGUCUAUGUUAUAUCUGCUGGCUGGAACCGCAAGAUUGACAUUUUCCCUGACUCUCCUGAGGAUCCCCGUCUGCUGACGAGCCCACAGCCGGCCUGGCCCGAUGAUCUGAGGGGGGGGCACAGGGAGGACAUCCUCUGCCUGGCCCAGUGCCCCCCGGCCCUGCUGGCCACGGGGAGCUACGACGGGGAGAUCCUGGUGUGGAACGGCGUCUCCGGACACAUCCAGUGCCGCCUCCGCAGCCUCGUCCCGGCCAAUCAGAGCCCCGCGCAGGGACUGGACCCCAGCGUUCUGACUCUAAUCUUUCUCCGGAGCACCACAUCCAACACAGAGCCCCCCUGCGUGAGGGGGCUUCUGUCCUCCGGGACAACGGGCUACGUAAACUGCUGGAAUGUGCACAACGGAGGCCGACUCAUGUGUUGUUUUAAGGCGUCUGAACGCCAGGUCACAAAGCUGAGCCCUGCAGCAGACGGCACGGUUCUGUUCGCUGCCGACAGGGUCGGGUACAUCUUCGUCUACAACGUGCGGACCCUCAGCCAGGACCACCAGCCUCUAAGAGAAAACUUUUGGCGCGCCCACACCAGCCCUAUAACCGGACUGCAGAUUGUGGGGUACGGCCGAAUGCUGCUCACCUCCUCCACAGACUGCACGGUUCGCCUCUGGAGCAUCCAUGGAGAAUUCAUCGGGACCUUCGGCCAGGCGGACAGCUGGAACCUCCGUAUCACCGCCUCCUGGGGGCACCCCACGGUCCCCCAUGAGAUCCUGGUGGAUCCCCUCAGCAUGCCGGACCACCCCGUCCUCCGAGCAGACCCGGGUGCCCCCCGCCCCGCUGACCCCCGACACGCACACCCCGGCGUGGCGCCGCUCAAGGUCCUUCGGCAUGAAAUAUUCAAACACAGCAACAAGUCCCCGUCCAGCGCUGGGCAGACGGUGUACCACAGUCUGAAGUGCUUUGACAUCGUGGAGCUACCAGAGAUCUGUGUGAAGCCAAACCCGACCUUAGGUGGUCCCCAGCCCUUCAUAGCUUCCUCCACUGAAGACCUGGAAACAAACCAAACCACAUAA